CGCGCAGUUUCCGCCCACUCCAACCCCAGCAGGAAGUGAGCAGAGUCAAACUGAGCGAACUACAAAACUAGCGGCAUCGCUACACGUCCCGCACCCCUUGCAGUUAACGGGUCCCACGAUCACAAUGGACGGGUUUCCAACGCCUUUGCGGUGCUUCAAUGAGUGUCAUUCCGCAGAAAAGUUUGUGGAUGACGAGGUGGAAACGGUGACUUCAGUGGAGCAGAAAAAAGUGGAGCGCAGCAUUGAAGAAGUCAUCAGUGUUUACGAGCAGAUACACAGCCUACCGCAGCCAAUGUUGUUGCGGGAACAACACUACCAAUACCUCAAGAAGGGCUUACGGCACCUAUCAGAUGCUUAUGAGUGUCUGGAUGCUAGCAGACCGUGGCUUUGCUUCUGGAUUCUUCACAGUCUGGAGUUACUAGAGGAGCCCAUUCCUGCUGCUGUCGCCUCAGACGUGUGUCAGUUUCUGGCUCGCUGUCAGAGCGCUACUGGCGGUUUCUCCGGAGGACCGGGACAACACGCCCACCUCGCGCCCACCUACGCUGCCGUCAACGCCCUCUGCAUCAUCGGCACAGAGGAGGCCUUUAAUAUUAUAGACAGGGAGAAGCUGUUAGAAUUCCUGAUGUCGGUGAAGCAGCCAGAUGGCUCGUUUGUGAUGCACGUCGGAGGAGAGGUGGAUGUCAGGAGUGCUUAUUGUGCAGCUUCCGUAGCGUCGCUCACAAACAUCCUCAUUCCCAAACUGUUUGAGGACACGCCCAACUGGAUCCUCAGUUGUCAGAACUGGGAAGGAGGUCUGAGCGGAGUGCCGGGUCUGGAGGCCCACGGCGGCUACACCUUCUGUGGCACGGCUGCACUCGUCAUCCUGGGCAAAGAGCACAUGCUGGACCUCAAAGCGUUGCUGCGGUGGGUGGUCGGCAGACAGAUGCGAUUCGAAGGAGGCUUCCAGGGCCGCUGUAAUAAACUGGUGGACGGCUGCUACUCUUUCUGGCAGGCUGGACUCCUGCCGCUACUCCACAGAGCCUUAUUCAAAGAAGGAGAAUCGGAGCUGAGUCGGCAGAGGUGGAUGUUCGAGCAGCAGGCCUUGCAGGAGUACCUCCUCCUGUGCUGUCAGAACCCAACAGGGGGCCUUCUGGAUAAGCCUGGCAAAUCCAGAGACUUCUACCACACGUGUUACUGCCUGAGCGGCCUCUCCAUAGCGCAGCACUUUGGAAACGUGGACCUCCAUCAUGAGAUGAUCCUCGGCAGGGAGGAGAACAGAUUGGCUCCAACUCAUCCAGUUUACAACAUUUGUCCGGAGAAGGUGGCCAAGGCCCUGCAGCACUUUCACCGGCUGCCUGUCCCCGACGACGGAGUGUCGGACCCCGCCGCCGCCUCCAGAUCACGUGACCGUCAGUCCUAGUUAGUCGUCAGCGGAGACGUCUCUGCGUGUGAAGCGGCUAACGGACUCAAACCAUCAAACAGCAGGCGGGGCUCACGUAGACAAGCCCCCAAAGACCUUGAGACGGUCGACCGUCAGUAGAAAUGAGGGCUGGACUUUAGGAGUUUUCCUGAGUAAAAGGUCAACAGUUGUGUGUGUGUGUGUGUGUGUGUGUGGGCAGUUUAGCAUUUAGCUGGAUUUUUGCUUGCGAUGCCGAAUGUUUUCAUUGCCUGAAAAUAAAAGUGAAACGUUCAGUUUGACCUCAGUUAAUAAACCUUUGUAUAGAAUUUC